AAUCCGAUCAGUGCGUUCAUCAAAGCGGGUUAUACUACUGUUACGAGGAGAACAACAUGCACCAAAGGACUGUAUUUCUGCUGGUGAUGGCGGCGACUUUGUCUCUCGCUGCCGAGGUGCCAUCAGACGACUCAAUGGGACUGUUGGCUGAGCCUCAGGUGGCCAUGUUCUGCGGCAAACUCAACAUGCACAUCAACGUCCAGACGGGCAAGUGGGAGUCCGAUCCUACUGGCACCAAGAGCUGCAUUGGCACCAAGGAGGGAAUUCUUCAGUACUGUCAGGAGGUGUACCCUGAUCUGCAGAUCACUAAUGUAGUGGAGGCCAACCAGCCGGUCAGCAUUCAGAACUGGUGCAAGAAGGGCAGACGACAAUGCCGCAGCCAUGCACACAUCGUUGUUCCUUACCGCUGCCUGGUUGGUGAGUUUGUAAGCGAUGCUCUCCUGGUUCCCGAUAAGUGUAAAUUCCUUCACCAGGAGCGAAUGGAUAUGUGUGAGAGCCAUCUUCACUGGCACACUGUGGCCAAAGAGUCCUGUGGUGAUCGGUCCAUGAACCUGCAUGACUUCGGGAUGCUGUUGCCUUGUGGUAUCGAUCGUUUCCGUGGUGUAGAGUUUGUGUGCUGUCCACUGGAAGAGCAGAGAGACUCUGACGCUGAGGAGCAGGAGGAGGCCAAUUCAGAUGUGUGGUGGGGAGGUGCUGAGAAUGAGUACACUGACAGCAUGCCUAAACAAAACCCCUCAGAACAGCAGAGUAUGGAAGCUGUCACUGUGGAUGAUGAUGAUGAUGAUGAUGAUGAUGGUGAUGAUGAGGACACCGGGAAUGAUGAAGAUGAAGAGGCCUGGGAGAAUGAUGAGGAUGGUGAUGGUGUGGAGGAUGAUGAAGAAGAUGAUGAGAAUGAAGAUGAUAUGACUGAACAUGAUACCAGUGAACAGUCUUCAAAUGUGGCAAUGACCACCACUACUACUACAACCACUGAAUCUAUCGAAGAGGUUGUAAGAGCUGUGUGCUGGGCUCCGCCACGAAAAGGCCAUUGUCGUGCCAGACUGACCCGGUGGUACUUUGUAGCCAAGACUGGUCGCUGUGCCCCCUUCAUCUUUGGGGGCUGUGGGGGCAAUCGCAAUAACUUUGAGUCAGAGGAGUACUGCCUGGCUGUGUGCAGCAGCAGCGUGCUGCCCACUAUGGCUCCAAGUCCCCCAGAUGCUGUGGGUCGCUACCUAGAGGCUCCGGGUGACAUGAAUGAGCAUGCACACUUCCAAAAAGCUAAAGAGCGUCUGGAGGCCAAACACAGGGAAAGGAUGUCUCAGGUGAUGAGGGAGUGGGAGGAAGCAGAGCGACAGGUCAAGAGUCUUCCCCGUGCUGAUAAAAAAGCUGUCAUUCAGCAUUUUCAGGAGAAGGUGGAGGCAUUAGAACAGGAGGCCGCCAACGAGAGGCAACAGCUGGUGGAGACUCACAUCGCUCGUGUGGAGGCGCUGCUUAAUGAGCGCCGUCGCAUGGCACUGGACAGCUUCCUGAACGCACUACAGGCUGACGAACCCCGGCCUCGUCAGGUGUUUAACCUCUUUAAGAAGUACGUGCGUGCUGAGCAGAAGGACAGGCAGCAUACGCUUAAACAUUUCGAGCAUGUACGCAUGGUUGACCCCAAGAAAGCAGCCCAGAUCCGCCCUCAGGUGCUGACUCACCUGCGUGUGAUUGAGGAACGCCUGAAUGAGAGUGUAGCCUACCUCUACAAGGUCCCACAGGUAGCCAAUGAAAUUCAGGACCAAGUGGCGGUGCUGAUGCAGUGUGUGCAGGGUGAAGCUACCCAGCAGCUCGCCUCCCUUCAGGCUGAUAUGAGAGUGAGUUACGGUAAUGAUGCUCUGAUGCCUGAUCUACCUGACAGCACCCCCUCUGUGGACCUGCCCUUGGAGCAGGAUGGCCUGGGCUUCAUCCACCCAGAGAGCUUCAACCAGGCAAACACUGACAACCACGUUGAACCCGUAGAUGCACGUCCAGCUCCAGACAGGGGACUUCCCACACGCCCUGUAUCUGGUAUGAAGCUAGACGAGAUGCCGGAGGUACGCAUGGACACUGAAGAGCAGCAUAGUGCUGGAUAUGAAGUACAUCACCAGAGGCUGGUGUUCUUUGCUGAGGACGUCGGUUCCAAUAAGGGAGCCAUCAUCGGCCUGAUGGUGGGCGGGAUCGUCAUAGCUACCAUAAUUGUCAUCACUCUUGUAAUGCUGAGGAAGAAGCAGUACUCUUCCAUCCACCAUGGAGUUGUAGAGGUCGAUGCUGCAGUGACUCCAGAGGAACGCCAUCUUACCAAGAUGCAGCAAAACGGCUACGAGAACCCCACCUACAAGUUCUUUGAGCAGAUGCAGAACUAAAAGGCUUCAUUAUCGUCCCACCCCUUCCUCCAUCAUUCCAAUACAUCAGGACAGUGAACUCACACUAAUCUUCAUCCACACUAGUGCUGAACCCAUGGAGAUGAAGUGUAAUCACCCAAUCAUUUCAAACAAUGCUCAGUUUGUUUGCACAAAAAGGUGACAUCGUUUUAUCUCAUCUAGCUGUCUGUCUGUGUUCUCUUGUCUCACCCAUUCAUCUGUUUGUUGUGCUUCUUUCUGUCCUGCGCUUGAUGUCUCAUCCCCGUCACUCCUCUGUGUCCUUUCCCUUGUCGUUUCUGGAUGUUCAGACAGCAGCAUUACUGGCUCUAGUCCUAAGGACUCGAACACAAAGAUGGCAAAAGAAGAAUAAUCAUUUGCGCUCUUCUUCUCAGAACCCUGCAAGUCUAGUUUUUUUUUCAGAAAAAUAUUUAAAAUGAGAUUUUAAAAAUAUAAAUACAUAUAUAAAUAACAUUAAGAAGAUAAAUAUUGUUUGGUUUUUUAUUAUGUGUGUAAUGUAUUGAAAUAAGGCAUAAAAUAGCUGUAUCUAUUUAGUGCAUGCCGAUUAUGACAGAGACGGUCUCGGAUCCCCACGCCGGGCGCGACCUCUCUCACGUAGAAAUUUUAGCGGGAUUGUACAUUUUAGUGUUUUCUUGUGAUCAUGUAAUUUUAAGGAAUAGCAGAUUCUGAAUCUGUUCGAAGCUUUGUUGUUACACAGACAUACUUUAAAUGAAGUCAGUGCUUUUCUUAACUAUGCUACAACACGCACACAUACACAAAAGGCUGCAUGGGGCUGGACAAGCUGUAUGUAAUAUGAUAAUGAAGUAUAAUAUUAGCCCAUGUGUCAUCAUCCUAUGCAUUGUUUGUUUUGUUUUUAAGGAAUCUUUCCAGUUUUUAUUCCACCUCAGGAGUUAGCAAGAGUAAAUAUCAAAGAUUCAUAGCUUUAAAAUCCGACUUUGACAUUCCUGCUUAUCUGUAUCUUUCCAAACAAGCACUUGAUCAUUAGAAAGUUCCAGAAACCUCUGGCACCCUAACUAAUUCUAACCUGCACAAACAUACAACAGACUCUCUAUUCAGACUCUAAACAGAGUCACAUUUACGGUCCUGUAAACUUUCCAGACAGUUCAUUCAUUCAUGCUACAAGCAACAAAACAUGUACCGCACACAUUAGGAAUUUCCAAGCAAGGACACACCACUCAUUUUCUCCUUUCAUAAGACUAAAGCUUAAAUCAGGUGUUGUGGUUAUGCAAGGAUACUCAGAAGAGUGUCUGUGGUCAGUACGGGGCAGUGAAGAAAGUAAAGAUUUUCCAUCUUUCAAUGUUUUCUUCUUUUAAUGUAUUUUUCCCCGUACCUAUCUAUCCAAAUCAUUGGCUUAGACUGGGGAAAAGCUUUCUACACUGUAUCCCAUAAAUAAAGUUUUGAAUGUACAUACA